ACACUCAACUACAUACUCCACAAACACCUUUUUUUCUGCCUUCUUCAAGUUACACUGCAUCCUCCACAACCUAGAAUCUGAACAUGGCUAUUAGUAUGGGGCACAUUUUCCGCGGUAAACAAAGCUUAAGAAGGUUUUCUUCAAGAACGAACAGAGAAAGUGAGGUUCCUAAGGGACACUUUGCUGUUUAUGUAGGCGAGGGCGAAAAGAAAAGAUUUGUCAUUCCGAUUUCAUACUUGAAGGACCAUUCAUUUCAAAGCUUGCUAAGUCAAUCUGAAGAUGAAUUUGGGUUUGAUCAUCCGAUGGGCGGACUUACAAUUCCUUGUCUUGAGGACACUUUCCUUGACAUCAUCUCUAGUCUUGAGUAGAUACUGAUAGUCAUUCUGAACAAUUUAGUAUAGAUAUUACACACAACCUAGUUUAUUAUUCUGAAAUUUUUUGUACCUAAAAGUGUACUUGUACAAUGUUCUUUUUUUUCCUGAUCCAUUUGGGAAAUAAUGUUCAUAAAAAAAUUUCAAUAGCCAUGUUUCGAUUUACUACUUAUCUUGAUUCAUUCAAGUUUUAGCCAAGGAAGUCUAGUUUUCAAGUUGUUUUUGACAGUUGGAUUUCAUAGUAAAACACAUUUUCAGCAGCUAAGAUGCUGAGACUUGCACAAGAUCUAUAAAGCAUGUACUGUGUU